AUGCUGACCUUCGUUAAAACCCUCACCGGCAAGACCAUUACCUUGGAGGUCGAGAGUUCUGAUACAAUCGAUAAUGUCAAAGCCAAAUUCCACGAUAAAGAAGGCAUUCCCCCUAAUCAGCAGAGGCUCAUUUUCGCCGGGAAGCAGUUGGAAGAUAGCCGAACCCUAGCGGACUACAGUAUCCAGAAGGAGUCCACCCUUCUUCUCGUCCUUCGUCUCCGUGGUGGAAUGCAGAUUUUCGUCAAGACGUUAACUGGAAAAACGAUCACUUUGGAGGUUGAAAGUUCAGAUACGAUAGACAUUGUGAAGUCUAAGAUACAGGACAAGGUAGGGAUCUCUUCCGAACAGCAGAGGCUUAUCUUUGCCGGCAAACACCUAGCAUAUGGUCGUUGGACUCUUGCUGGUUACAAAGUCCAGAAGGAAUCUACGCUUCAUCUUGGGAUGAAGAUCUUUGUGAGAACGCCAACGGGUAAGAUCAUCACUAUGGUAGUUAAAAACUCAAUUACCAUUGAUAAACUGAAGGCCAAGAUUCAGGAUUCAGAGAAGAUUUCACGGCAUCAACAGCAUUUGAUCAUUGCUGGGGAGAACCUUGAGGGUCCUAGAACUUUCAAGGAUUAUAACAUCCAAAAAAACACUCCAUUGCACCUGAGUCUACAGUUUGGAGAUGAAAUGCGGAUUUUUGUGAAGACUUUUCCAGGGAGGGCCAUCACCCUGGUGAUGGAAAGUUGGGAAACCCAUUCGUGA